UCGCCUUCACCGUCUUCUCCAUUCCUUCCGCCUCUCUGCCAUCGCCCCUCUCUCUCUGGUCAAAGAGGCUCUCUCCGCCUGAGAGAGCUUGCCGGCAGCGCUCAGGCCCCCCUCCCCGCUCUCAUCCCAUCACUAUCAUCCCCGACUCGGAAAUACUCCUCAUCGUUGACUUCCGAUCGCUCCCCGGCCCUCCUCUGACCUCGGCCCCCGGCUUCAAUUCAUCUCUUCCGGUUCUGCCUCCUUGAUCUGUUCAUCAGCAAUGGCUUUCAUCGCCCACUAGAGUUCCUCUUGUCCCCCGACUUUGUUAACGAGAGAACUCUGCACCAAAUCCUCCUCUGGUUUCUCAACUUCGUAGAUAUGGCGAUCCGAUUCACCUUCACCUACUCCGGCUACGUUGCCCAGAGCAUCGCCUCCAACGCCGGAGUCAGGUUAAACAAUUGCCGGUUCUUCCACGAAUGCUGGGUCCGGUCCCGGGUCAUCUGCCCCUCGCAGAAGCCCGAGUCCGACUUCUCCCCGCCAAGAUUGGGCGGCGCCUCCCUCUCUGCUCCUGCUUAUAGCACCCUCGUCGGAGAGUUACUGGGCGGUGGUAGCAACUCCAAGAGCCCGCUGGCUGUGGGGUUGGUCACGAUGAUGAAAUCGAUGGCUGCUCCUUCUUCUUCUUCCUCUUCUCCUUCUUCUGGGAUGGGUCCUUUCGGGAUUUCUUCCUUCAAGGCCGCUUCGAUCCUGCCCUUCAUGGACGGAUUGAAGUGGCUCCCCUGCAAUGAGGCUGUCCCAGCUCCCGCGAGCAGCGAUGUCGAUAAAGGCGGGACCUUGUUUUUGGAUGCUGACAGCUUUGGUGAUGAAAGCGAGAGUGAUGCCGAGGGGUUUAAGAUGGGUUCGAGGGGUUCGUGGCUCUCGAGAUUGUUGGGUGUCUGCUCCGAGGACGCCAAGGCUGCUUUCACAGCUGUGACCGUGACCUUGCUCUUCAAGUCCUUCUUGGCCGAGCCAAAGUCGAUCCCCUCUACUUCCAUGUACCCCACUCUCGAUGUCGGCGACCGCAUUUUAGCGGAGAAGGUUUCGUACUUCUUCAGGGAGCCUGAGGUUUCCGACAUUGUAAUAUUCAAGGCUCCUCCAAUACUGCAGGAGUUCGACUUCAGCUGUUGCGAUGUGUUCAUAAAAAGAAUCGUGGCAAAGGCUGGAGACUAUGUAGAGGUUCGUGAUGGUAAGCUCUUGGUGAAUGAUAUCAUUCAAGAUGAAGAUUAUGUAUUGGAGCCUUUGGCUUAUGAAAUGGAACAAAUGCUUGUGCCUGAAGGUUGUGUCUUCGUGUUGGGAGACAACCGUAACAACAGUUUUGACUCCCAUGACUGGGGUCCUUUGCCGGUUGAGAACAUUAUUGGCAGGUCAGUCUUCCGGUAUUGGCCUCCCACUAAGGUCUCAGAUACCUUACACGAACCUCAAUCUGGGAAGAAAGCGAUUGCAGUUUCCUGAUGCUGCUGUGGGAAGACUGACAUGACUCCUCGUUUAGAUGGUGAUUCCACCAUUCUUUUUCUCUCCACUCGGAUCUGGCUCUCUGAUGAUUGAGCAGUUUGUGAGUACUAUAUGGUCCUGUUGUUGGCGACGCAAGGGGCUGCUGGUCCUGGCGGUCGUCACUGUGUAUCAGAUGGAUCCAUGAAUCUAUUUGAUCCAUUGAAUGAAGAUAGAAGGAUGUCGAAGAAUGAGAUGAAGGAAAAAAAAAAAGUUGGAUCAUUGUGAAUAUGUUGCUGGCAAUGGAUCAAGGCCAGCGUUUCAUUCUUUACUUUAUCGAUGACAUUUUCAUGUUUGUUACGAGUGGAGAUGAAUGGAAAUGAAAAAGUUUAUGCUUCAUGUUCUCUUA